AUGGCAGGAGAGGUCGUGGUCGGCGCGCGCCUCCAUUGGCACAGCCACUCGCAGCACAAGCGUAUCGACGUCGCCAAGGUACUGAACCAAGUGCUUGCAUUCUGCGACCGUGCAGCCACGUAUGCCGAUGGCGGGAUCCUGAUCGCUGUCGGUCUUCCCGUCGCCAUGGCCGGAUCGCUCACAGCUGCUCAUGUAUCUACGACUGACGACUUUAUCGCGUCCGUGCGCGAGCUCUGCACUCACCUGCAGCGUGAGACGAGUGUACGACCAUUUUUUGGUCGAGUGAGGAUCAUUCCUGUGCUUUAUUGGGGGAAGUUCGUGCCGGCUUUGAACGCGUUGAUCGGGGCAGCGGCCGAGCAGUUUCCAAAGGCCACCUCUUUGCUCUUGCAGUCGCUCGAAAUGGACGUCGAUGCGACGAGCAUCGAGUUGCUACACUCGCAUUUUGACCACUCGCGUGACCUCGUGGUGGGCGCGGCAAUGCCGGGCCACGACUUCCAGCCGGAUCCUGAGAGCCAGCCGAUUGAACUGAGUGGGUUGACGUCGCCGUGGAACACACUCGCGCUGUGGAACCUCGAUCAACUGGCCAAAGUGGGCUUUGUUUUGAUGGGCGACGCGUUGCGCCUCGAGGUCGAGGGGAUCGGCUCUGUUGCAGGUAUUGAAGAAGUGGCCACUAUCGCAGUGUACCAGCAGCUGUAUGCCAACACUACGUCCCCUACGACGGCCAAGUUGGUGCGUGUGCCGAACAUUGCGUGGCAAGUAGACACAAUGCAGGACCCCGAGCGCUGUGCUUGGCAUGAGAAGAAGAUGGCGAGCAAGCAACAACGCGCGGCUGCCCAGAUUGCCCACUUCGGUGGCGUCUCCCCUGGUCGUGUGUAUCACUUGGAAGCCUGA